UACUUUUGAAGGACAGAGGAGAUCAGAGGCCGGAGUUUGAACCCAAGUCUCAUAAAUUCCUGUUGGAUGUACUUUACAUGGGUAUAGCCUGCUAGAAGGAUACAACUAUUGGCGACUGACAACAGGAGCAAUGUAUCGAGUGUGUGGAGGAUUAGCAUGUUUUAGUCUCUGUCUCAUUUUCUUGGUGCCAUCAUGCAGUGGAGGAAAUAUUCUAGUGUAUCCUGUUGAUGGAAGCCACUGGAUCAACAUGAAGAUUCUUCUAGAAGAACUUCAUGCCAGGGGACACAAUAUUACUGUGAUUAGGGUUUCCACCAGCUGGUACAUAAAAGAGAAGUCUCCUAUCUACUCAUCCAUCACCCUUGAAAUGGAAGAGGCCUUAGAAGACUUCUUUGAUGUUUUCGUAAAAGAGCAAAUUAAGGUGCAGCGAGAAGGUGCUUCAAUGUUGUCUUUCUUCAAGCUCAACAAAGACUUUCUGUCGAUGCUCACUCAGGCUCACGUAUUGUGGUGUGAUGUUACAAAAGACAUUUUUGAGAACGAGGAUCUGGCAAAACAAAUAACCGAUUCCAAAUAUGAUGUGGUUCUGACUGAUCCAGCGAUAGGUGGAGGUCUUGUCUUAGCCAAAUAUUUUAAUCUACCUGUGGUACUCAAUGUGCGCUGGAUCCCCGUUGGAGAAGGUCACUUUGUUCUGGCCCCUUCUCCACUUUCUUAUAUCCCAGUACCAGGAUCAGGCUUAACAGAUAGGAUGGACUUCAUUCAGAGGCUCAAAAACAUCUUUUUUAACUGCAUCACAAAGUUUCAAGAAUUGUUCUUGGUGGGGCCCAUCUAUGAUGACAUCUGUAGUAAAUACAUAGAGGGUGGAUGUAGCAUCGUCUCUCUGCUUCAGCAAGCAGACAUUUGGCUUUUUAGAUCAGAUUUUGUGUUUGACUUCCCUCGACCUACCAUGCCAAACGUGGUCUACAUCGGAGGAUUCCAGUGCAAACCAGCUGAACCUCUGCCAGCAGAUCUAGAGAAGUUUGUUCAAAGUUCUGGAGAACAUGGAGUGAUAAUCAUGACUUUGGGAACAUUGGUUAAUGCUCUGCCUCAAGACGUUGCAAAUGAGAUUGCCGAAGUCUUUUCCAAGAUGCCCCAGAAGGUGAUAUGGAAACACAAAGGGGACCGUCCUUCUACACUGGGCAAUAACACUCUCAUAGUGGACUGGAUGCCACAGAAAGACCUCCUUGGACAUCCGCAGGUUAAAGUCUUUGUAGCUCAUGGAGGGACCAACGGAGUCCAAGAGGCCAUUUACCAUGGGGUCCCAGUGCUGGGCAUCCCACUGUUCUUUGAUCAGUACGACAACCUUCUACGUUUGCAGGAAAGAGGUGCUGGAAAAAUCCUCCAACUUGCUGACUUGAAUGGCCGCAAUUUUGAAGAAGGUCUUAAGGAGGUGCUCCAUAAUAGUAGCUACAGGCAAAACAUUCAAAGACUUUCUCGUUUGCACAAAGAUAAGCCAAUGUCACCCAUGGAUCAGGCUAUUUUCUGGAUAGAGUAUGUGAUACGACACAAAGGGGCUCGACAUCUGAUUUCAGAGGCUUACAAGAUGCCGUGGUACUCAUAUCACAGUUUAGAUGUUGUCCUCCUGCUUCUGGCUGUAGGAGCUGUGCUGCUUUACUCUAUUUAUGGUGUUUUCAGAUUUUUGUGCUGCAGAAGGAAAAUAAAGACAAAAACUAAGCUUAACUAAAGUUAUCAGGUUAAUCCGAAGUGUUUUCAUUUGUUUUCGUUAGUUAAUUUAGGAAAAACUGUUCUAGCGCAAAGGUGUGAAUAUGUAAUACAAAAAGAAACCUUUUUAGUUUCUUUAAAUUUUUCUUUUUCAUAAAGUCACUUAAAAUAUUUCUCAAUCCCAGAGUAACCCUUUAUCAACUUUGAGAACUUGUUUUGAAAAGGAUUUUUGUUUGUUUUACGCAACAACAGACUAAAAGUCAUGAAAAGUUUAUUUAUAACCACUUCUACCUUUAAAUUGAAAGUUUUUAAGGUGCUUGUACUUGUUGUCGGCAAAACAGUUUUUGCAUAUUAUAUUUGUCUUUAAGAAUGAGAAUGAGAAUGAUUAAACAAAAAUGAAAGCACUGAACUCAAAAACGUUUUGUAAUUACUAGCUUUUGCUUUUGUUUUUGAGGAAAAAGGUAUCCCCCUUUUACUGUUCUGAAUCAGUACAAAACACAUUUUAUUAUUGAAAAUAAAUGGAAAGAUGUUCUUAUGUA